AUGCCUCCACCAUCUGCUGCCCAGCAAAAGGUUCUCAUCGCCCAGUUCGUAGCUCUGACUGGUCAAUCAGAGCGACAAGCUACCCGUUACCUCAAGAAUGCCGGUUUCAAGCUCAACGAAGCUGUCGAUACGUUCUUUUCAUCCAAUGGAGACACCAAAGGCCCGUCCCCUCUGGAAGUAUCGCUAGACAAGCUAUUCUCUCAGCUGCAAGACUCUAGUGAUGAAAAAGACAAACUGGAGCUCGACUCCACAAUGUCAUACCUCACUGAGAAGCUACAAGUCAACAUCGAAAACGCCGAGCUACUUGUUGCGCUUGAACUUCUCCAGGCUCCCUCUGUGGGUGUCAUUACCAGGAAAGGUUACGUUGAUGGCUGGAAAGUGACUGGAGCUGGAACGACACAUCAAGAGCAUGCCGCCCAUCUCCGAAAACUGACCAAAUCCCUCUCCUCUGACACGACUCUAUUCAAAAAGGUUUAUAGACAUACCUUUGUUGCUGGUCGAGAUGGCGACCAGAAAGCACUGAACCUUGAGACUGCGCUCGUUUACUGGGACAUCCUAUUUGCCCCUCCGGGUAUGGAGUGGAAGACAUCAAACCGCAACUGGCUGGAACUGUGGAAGUCCUUCCUCAAUGACAAGUGGACUCGCUCGGUCAACAAGGACAUGUGGAACAUGACACUCGAGUUUGCCCUCAAGUCUUUAUCUGACGAGUCGCUAUCAUUUUGGAACGAGGAUGGAGCGUGGCCAAGUGUGAUUGACGACUUUGUGGAUUGGUGUCGUGAGCAGGGUAUUGGUAAGACCGAUGGCAUGGACGUUGACAACUAG